UUCACUGGGCUGGCCACAUCAGGAUCCUCUACCUCUGCCCCUCUGCCUCACCUUCUCUCCAGAGUCCAGGGCCCCCAUGGCCCCCAUGGCCCCCAUGGUCCCCACACUCAUUGCUCUGCUGUGCUUUGAACUGUGUGUGGGCCAAAGGAUCAGGACACAGGCAGGGACACUCUUCAGACCCACCCUCAAGGCUGACUCAGGUCCUCUGAUCCCCCGGGGGACAGCUGUCACCCUCAGGUGCAAGGGACAUCCUGGGGCUACUUGGUAUGGUCUGAAGAAAGGAGAAUCUCAGUCUCAGAAUAUGACUAGAGUUGGGAUGGAGGCUCAAUUCAAUAUUUCAUCUAUGACAAAGGACACCGCAGGAAGUUACUGCUGCCUCUACAAGAGCCAGUCUGGCUUAUCAGAGCCCAGUGAACCUCUGGAGCUGGUGAUGACAGGCUUCUAUGAUAAACCCACCCUUGCAGUCAUAUCCACCCAGGAAGAGGCUGAGGGACACAGCGUGACUCUCUUGUGCCAUUCAGAGCAACAGUUUGAUCGCUUCACCCUGUAUAAGGGGAUAGAGGCCAACACCUCUCGACUCCAGAAAGUCUGGUUCUGGACACAGGUCUCCAGUGCUUCUCUGGCUACUGUUCAGGAAGGAAUCUAUCGAUGCUACAGUUUUCACAGUCAGUAUCCCUACCUGUGGUCGGCCCCCAGUGACUCCUUGGAGGUCAGGAUCACAGGCAGCCCCUGCCCUCUCUCAAUGACAGUCUCUUUCUCACCAGAUGCGACCCCCCAGGAUUACACUGCGUGCAAUCUCAUCCGCCUCAGCCUGGCUGGGCUGGUCCUCAUCAUUCUGGGGGGCCUGCUGGUAGACACCUGGUACAACUUGAGGGAGCUCCAAAGAACAGCCCUUGCCUGA